GAUUACAAAACCCCAAAGCAAACGUCAACUGUACGUCACGAAAGAAACCAGGAAGUGAUAGUCAGUGGUACGUGGCCUUAUCAUCUUGGAUCGCACAAAUUAAACAGCAGCUCCGGUUCAUUGCAAAAUGGAGCUCGAGGCUAUGACCAGAUACACCAGCCCGGUGAACCCGGCUGUGUUCCCACACCUCACUGUCGUCCUGCUGGCCAUCGGCAUGUUCUUCACUGCCUGGUUCUUCGUCUAUGAGGUGACAUCAACUAAAUACACCCGGGACGUCUACAAAGAGCUGCUGAUCUCCCUCGUGGCUUCACUUUUCAUGGGCUUCGGUGUGCUGUUCUUAUUACUCUGGGUUGGCAUCUAUGUAUGAAGUUUUGGGUGACUGACUUAAAAGAAUAUUACACAUUCCAGGAGGACAUGAAACACAACACGGACUGGAUUUAAUUGGACUGCACUGACAACAUUUUGGGAUCAUAUGGACUCUGGUUUUCUUGUCACAAGUAAAGGGGAUUUGUA